UAGGGAAAGCUCUUCUCCGAGUCGAGUCUUGCAUAUACUUAGUUGCAUUGCGCAUCAUAGUGCGCGCGAUCAACGGAACGAAAAGAUCAGCUGCUGCUGGUGUUGUGUCAUAUACAUGAUCAUCAGUGACUUCGUUUUUUUUGUAUUGCGUAAAUAAUAAAGUUGUCACGCACGAAUCUUCUUUGGAUUGAAGAGAGGGUGUACUUAUAAAGAAAAGAGGAGUUAGAAAGAAAAGAGGGACGUGCAGCAGUAGCAGCCAGUGUGUAUAUAGUGUAUAGUUUAUUAGCUGUCUUUUUCUCUUGUUGCUCUCUCCGUGUGUGCCGUAUUCGCGUCGUCUGCGUGUGUGUGGGUAUAUGUGAGAGUGCGUUGGCAAGGCAAGUGAUCAUCAUCGGCUGGUCGAGUCGGUCGGGUUUGUUGGUUGGUUCGUCUGUCGCUUCGACUCGUCAUCCUCAGGGAGAAAGAAGAGUGCGGGUGGUGUGUUUUUUUUUCCGUUCAACCAAGGAAGAAGUUGAGCUGACGGUGGAGGAGGAAUCGGCAGCAGGAAACAUAUUCACAGUUUGAAAGAAGAUGGGCACUCGGGACGACGAGUACGAUUAUCUGUUCAAAGUGGUUCUCAUUGGAGACUCUGGAGUAGGAAAGAGUAAUCUACUGUCUCGCUUUACAAGAAAUGAAUUCAACCUCGAAUCCAAGUCUACUAUUGGCGUCGAAUUUGCGACAAGAAGUAUACAAGUUGAUGGCAAAACAAUCAAAGCUCAAAUAUGGGAUACUGCUGGACAGGAGCGCUAUCGCGCCAUCACUUCCGCUUACUAUCGUGGUGCUGUAGGGGCGUUGCUGGUCUAUGAUAUUGCAAAGCAUUUAACAUAUGAAAAUGUAGAAAGAUGGCUAAGAGAAUUACGUGAUCAUGCCGAUCAAAACAUCGUUAUCAUGCUGGUUGGCAACAAGUCAGACUUGAGGCAUUUGAGAGCUGUGCCCACAGAUGAGGCUAAGACGUUUGCUGAGAAAAACGGUCUCUCUUUCAUUGAGACAUCAGCUUUGGACUCAACCAAUGUAGAAACUGCAUUUCAAAAUAUUUUAACUGAGAUAUACAGAAUCGUCUCUCAGAAACAGAUAAGAGAUCCUCCUGAGGGAGACACGAUCCGGCCACAAAACGUAGAACCGAUCGAUGUCAAGCCAACAAUGAGUUCGGAAGGAAUGCGUAAACAGUGCUGCCAGUGACGUGGUAUUUAUUUAAUGAGUGAUUUGCUUUAUGAAUGCAGUGAAAGAGACACAGAGAGUUGGACGAAAGGAGUGGUAGAUGCAGUUGGUAGAUGCAGCAGCAGGUGUGUAAACGCACGAGAGCCAAGACUACGUGUACGGGCCUAUAAUCUCGUAUGCUAGAAGGGUUUUUUGUCACACCCACCAAAGCAAGAGGAUACCGCUGAAUAUCCACAACACUCAGAGAAUAAUAAAGACAAAAAUAAAUUAACGAUAAUAACAAUAAUAAAAAAAAACAUCCAACACUUAUGGAAUUAACGGAAAUGCAGCUUUUUUGAUUAGUCUAUUAAUUUUAAAACACGCAUCAGUCGAGUGUACGUUUCAACCCUGGGUAAUGAACAACGUUGCAAGAGCGAAUUUUCAAAAAAUACACAAAUUCUAUGCUGAUUAUAUAACGGUUAUACAAAAUAAUCUAAAUUAUACGAAACGGACAAUGACUACAUGCAUACAUUUAAAAAAUACCUUUUAACAUACACGUGCAACAAAACAAAAAGCCCUAGCACUCUGUCCUCUUCUAUAAACUCUCUGCGUCAAAAAAGUGAAAUUAAUGAAAUCCGUUUUAUUUAGUUUUCUACGCCUCUCUCUUUAGCUUUUUCUCUACAUCCCUUAUUUUACUCUGCUGUAAAAUGUACACCUACAAAUAGUGUAUGAAUGAGGCAGACACAUACGUGAAUCGAAAUAAUCUAUACCAGUGCAUCAUACCAUAGGAAUUAAAAGUUUCAAUAUGUGGAAAUAAGACAGACAGAUUUACAUAUGUUAUUCACGAUGGGUUGUUAUAUGACCACUUAUUUGUCAUACACUUUAUACUUUUUUUUAAUGCAUUACGUGAUUAUAUAUAAACUGUAAACUGUUUGCAAUAUGCUAUAUAUUUGUGAAGAUGAUAACAAAUAGUAGCAACACAUGGACAUCAAAGCUUAGCACAGAAAAGUUGGUGAAUGAAGUGAGAGAAAGAUUGAAUGGUCUGCUUUAAGGAGAGAAAGAUAAAAAGAGAGGGAAAGAUAAGUACAUCAGGACAAAUGAGAAGGAAAACAGCUAACAGCAGCCAGAUUAGAUGUCAUCCUUCGGAUGUUCCACUCCCAACUUUCUUAUCAUCUCGCUCUUUAAAAAUAAUUGUUAUGAACAAAUAAAAAUGAUUAAAAAAAAAAAAAAAAAAAAGCUGAAAGCAAAUGGGCAAAAAAUACGUUUUGUAAAUCUUGAAAGUAAUGUUUCUUUUUUUUUGUGAUACGGAUUAUGAGUGGCUGAAAUAUGUUUACGUUAUUACGCAUUCUUUAUAAAAACGAAAAAAAAAUGUAUAACAAAUAUAUAUUAUACCUAUGAUAAACGAAGCGUCGCGAAGGCUUUACUCAAUUUUUUACUCGAACCCACAAGCUUGUAAACACGUUAUUAAAAAAAAAAAGUUUUUAGCAAAAAAUUUUAAAUAUUUUUUUUACACGUUUUCACGAUAUGUGUUGAUGUUGGUUGGCUCUUGGUAAAAAAGGUAAAGAUUUUUUGUAAAAUGUAAGUAGAGUGACGUCAAUUUUAUGCGAUUCUUUUUGGUAGUUAAAAAAAUAUACGUGAAUGUUGGAAUGAUGAUUGAUUUGAUUCGUUAAUACACACAAACUUAACCACAGAUAUGUGCGAGAACAUUAUAUUGAAUAAACGA